UCGGAAGAAAGCAUGCAAAUGCAAUACGACUACUUGAAAGUUCCGGCAAGUGAGUUCGUGGGCUCCAUUGACACCAUCGUUGAAGUAAUAAGCCAAGUGACUUCAAUUUUGUCUGAGUUUGCGGAUUUUAGUGGAGAUAGUCGGCUGCAAGAUGCGGUUUCUGAUUGCCUGGAUCUGCUCGAUGUUUCUUCGGACGAGCUGAGUUGGUCUGCUUAUGCUUCUCAGAAUCCAAAUGUGAACGGGCCUUGGAUGCAAAUACAUUCCGGGUUCGAUCUUUCUGCUACGAAAACUAAGUCACAUUGUUCUGCUCACCACGGCUGCGGAUACGUCGUAUGAAAACCCGGGAGAAAUCCUAUCGUGAGCUGCACAUCUCACUCGAAGCAGGUAAGGGCAACGGAACAGGGAACGUGGGAUCAGACACAAAGACAUGGUUAAGCGCUGCACUCUCCAAUCAAGACACUUGCAUGGAAGGCUUCGACGGUACAUCUGGUCUCAUCAAACCUCUUGUAGCUGGCAGUCUCGGUCAAUUAUAUUCUAUGCUUAGGGAUCUGUUACCACUUGUUGAUCCCGACCAGAAACCUCAGCCCAUCACCAAACCUCGUCCAAUUGCUAGAGGACCAACGGCUCCACCAGGCCGGACACUUAGGAACACUGACGAGGAUGAGGAAAGCCAAUUCCCAGACUGGUUCAGACCGGACGACCGGAGACUCCUUGAAACAAACGGAGUGAGUUACGACGUUAGUGUAGCACAGGAUGGGACAGGAAACUUCACGACCAUAAUGGACGCCGUUAAGGAAGCUCCUGAUUAUAGCUGGACACGUUUCGUCAUAUACAUCAAAAAGGGUUUAUACUUGGAGAACGUUGAGAUCAAGAAGAAGAAAUGGAACCUCGUAAUGCUAGGUGAUGGCAUUGACGUGACAAUUAUUUCCGGUAACCGCAGCUACAUUGACGGCUCGACCACGUUCCGUUCCGCUACAUUCGCUGUAAAUGGAAGAGGAUUCUUGGCUAGAGACAUAACGUUCCAAAACACAGCCGGGCCAGAGAAGCAUCAAGCCGUUGCCCUUAGGUCAGACUCUGACCUAUCUGUGUUCUAUAGAUGUGCCAUGAGAGGUUAUCAAGAUACACUCUACACGCACACUAUGCGUCAGUUUUACCGCGAAUGCACCAUCACUGGAACGGUGGAUUUUAUAUUUGGCGAUGGGACCGUUGUGUUUCAAAAUUGUCAAAUUUUGGUUAAGAAAGGACUCCCUGACCAAAAGAAUACCAUCACUGCACAAGGCAGGAAAGAAGCUGACCAACCCUCAGGAUUCUCGAUUCAGUUCAGCAAUAUCUCAGCGGACGCAGACUUAGUCCCAUACUUGAACACGACACACACGUAUCUAGGAAGGCCGUGGAAGCAAUAUUCAAGGACAGUUUUUAUGAGGAACAACUUGAGCGACGUUGUGAGGCCUGAAGGAUGGCUCGAGUGGAACACAACUUUUGCUUUGGACACACUCUUCUAUGGAGAGUUCUUGAACUACGGACCAGGUUCAGGACUCAGCAGCCGAGUCAAAUGGCCUGGUUACCACGUGUUUAACAACUCGGACCAGGCUAACAAUUUCACCGUUUCUCAGUUCAUUGAAGGAAAUCUCUGGCUGCCUUCUACUGGAGUAACGUUUACUGCUGGCUUGGGUGUCUAAAUUAGCAUGGCUCAGUGUUUACCAUUUUGCUAUUGUUUGUGCCUUUCAAUUUUAACUUUUGAUAUGAAAUAUUAAAAUCUAUUAUUAUAACUCAAAAGAGUCCCCAAAAAUUAUAUACUAGAGAGUAUAUUGA